AUGGCACAGAACAACCUGACUGUGAUAGAUGUGAUCGUGGUUCGUGGCCAGGGAACCACGGGAAGCCUGCAGGUAGCUGGGAAACUCCCUGGACCAGACAGCUCCCUUCGCUUCCAAAUGACGGAGGCGUUGCUGAAGGACUGCACAGAGAAGAUCAACGAGCCCAAGUCCACUCUGAGAAGAACCUUCAGGGUGGAGAACGCUGGUCUACUCCCCUUGUAUAUCCGCUCUGCAGAGAUCAACGGCCAGCCCUGCCAAGGAUACGGAUUCAAAGUUCUCAACUGUCGGCAAUUUACACUUAAACCAAACGCUUCUGAAGACCUUGUGAUACUGUUUACACCGGACUUCACGUCAUCCAGAGUGAUCCGGGAGCUGAAGCUCGUGACGGAGGGAGGGUCAGAGUUUGUGUUUGUCCUGAACGCCUCUCUACCUUUUCACAUGCUGGCCUCCUGCACAGAGACCCUCCCCAGACCCUCCUGGGAGCUGGAGCUAUACGUCAUCGUCUCCCUCGUCAUGAGCUCCAUGUUCCUGCUGGUGAUUGCUAUAGCCUACCUGGAAGCCCAGGAGAUCUGGGAGCCCUUUAAGAGACUUCUGUCUCUGGACUCUCCCAUGGAGACGGGCAGACCCUUCGAUCUCAGGGAAAUAGUACGCAUUUCAAGUGACGCUAACUUGAAUGAUUUCAGCGACGCCCACCAGAACCCGACCAGGGGGAUGUAUGGUUCUGCUAGCGAGGUGUCCCGGAUCGGGAGCCGAAACAGCAGAGCCUCCGUGGACCUUGAUGGACAGAGAGCCAGCAUGGACUUUGAUCGAUCAACUAUGCAAGCCUCCUCCACCUUCUCUUCCUCCCAGCUAGCCAAUGGCGCCCCGGUUUCCUGUCAGCUGACCAAUCGGAAGGUGCGGAGCUCCAAGAGGCAGCAGGGUGGAGGACUCCUGGACCUCCAGAACGGGGGCCCUGGGUCAGGGUCGUCUCUGCCCCACAGAAGGCGCUGUUCUGGGGGAGAGGACCCAGACUACGCCAGCCUCCUGGGGGCCAUGGAUAACGACCUGGACAGACCUGAAUCACCACCUCUACAGGAACACAACGUUUCUCUGUCUACACAGAACAACGUAGUUGUGACUGUAGUUGUGUAUUUGUGUUGUCCUGCAGUGCUAGACUCUAAAGGAAAGCAGCUGAGAGGUAAAACUAAUGCUCAGAGAAAGAGAGCGGAGAAGGAGAGAAGAGCAAAGGGAAAACCACCUCAGGGAGACCAGCGGAAGGAUGUUUUGGCAGACAAUGACGACAGCUCCUCUACCACCACAGAGACCUCCAACCCUGAUGUAGAGGCCAGCAACAAAGAGGAACCAGUGAAGAAGAAGGGCAGAACAGCAGUGACUCUGGAGAAAGAGGAAACCAAACCACAAAACAACAAGCAACAAACCAACACAAAUGAUCAAUCUAGUUCCCUGGAGCUCCCUUACAUCACAGCCCUGGAGAUCAAACAACGCAAGGUCUUCACAUCCAAAGCCCUCAUCCACUCUGCUCUCACCACCGCCCCUACAGCUAGGACUCUGAAACCCCUACAGCUAGGACCCAGACCCGGGUCUCUCUCCCAUCUCAACUCGGCUGAUUGUUCUGUACUUGUGCCUUGUGGGAAGCUGGAGGAUUCUUGUCCGUUUCCCGUGGUGAAGCGGUUGUCCAACGGCUCGGUCUCGGUUUCAGAGCUGGGUCAGAGCAGCAGCUCCGAGGGAGAGAAGGAGUUCGCUGCUACUGAAUGGGACAACCCACUGCUCACCAGAACCACCAACCAAGCCGACAGUCUCCAGCAGACCAUGAAUGCAGACACCUUCCUGAAGAGACCCAUCUCAGCUAGGACCUACUCCCAUCCCCGCUCCUCCCCCAGCCUAGUGACCAGGGGAACAUACAGCCAAGUACUCAAUGCCAAUAGUGAGACCAACUUGAAGAAGGCAACAGGGAACAAGUUAGCUAAUGCCACCUCUCUCCCGGGCAAGAAUGGCAAUCCUACUUUUGCAGCUGUGGCUGCGGGUUACGACAGAAGCCCGGGUGGCAGUGGCCCAGGUCAAAGAGCCCAAUGGAAGACUCUAGCUCACGUGACCUCAGUGGAGAGCGACAGCUCAGACAGCUCAGGAUUAUGGUCUCCCAUAGGAUUCAACCCUGCCAACUCCUUCUCUGCAUUCGGACCCAACAACUCCUUCAAUCUGACAGGAGUCUUCCGUGGGAUGUCCUCCCCGAAGACAUCCGAGCCUCAGCAGACUGAGUUGAGCUCUGCGUCCUCGUCUCUCUGGGACGCCCCCAGCAACCCCCUGCUCUCCUGGCUCAGCAGCUCCCCCACUGUCCCCAUCGCAUCCGUCCUGGGUAGCAGCAGGAACCCCUGGUCCACCACCACCCCCUUUGGCAGCUCCAUCUGGUCCACUAGUGGAGACACUGCACUACACUCCUCCACCCUCCCAGACUUACCCAGCAGCAUUCCCACCCUGGGCCUGGCCCCUCCAACUGCCCCCACUGAGAUGAGCCGUUCCUACGACCCCUGGAGGCCCACCCUCGGCAAACACGGCUCAGAGCCCUGGUCCAGCCACUGAGGAGCCUGGUCCCAAAAUCUGUUUCAGCUCGUGCCAACUCCAAUGCUGUCUUUUAUCAAGCCAAACAUGGCGACGUGGCAUGAAAAUGAUUGCCAAAGAGUUGGCGUAGCACAAACAGGCUGGAACUCAGGCUAACUCGCUCUCACAGAUGUGAUAAUUCUGAACUGAAUUAUCACGUAAGUCAUGCAUUCAUGUAAAUGGCAUAUUUACGUCAUGUGAGCAGACCUCGUGUACGGACUCCGGUCUAAAUCAGAAACACACCAUGGUAUCAAUUGUUAAACAGUACUUAAAUAUACAUCAAAACAAAUAAUUUUAUCGACGAGUCCCGUCUAGAAAAAGUUUCAAUGUAAUUUGGUAGCCCCAGCACUUUCUAACACAAACCAAAACCCCCUGACCAUUUAGUUCACAGCAGUUACACGCUUUUUAUUCAGGGGGGGGGGGGAAAUACAGUCUUGAUUCAGAUUCAUUUUUAGGAACACCUCUUAAAUGUAAACAAGAGGAAAGGAAUGUUUUUACCAACACAGGCCGGUGUAACACCCUGGACCAGAGCUAGGUAAUGCUGGUCUGUUGUUCACUAGCUCUGGUCCAGGGUGUUACAGCGACCUGGACCAGAGCAAGGUAAUGCUGGUCUGUUGUUCACUAGCUCUGGUCCAGGGUGUUACAGCGACCUGAACCAGAGCAAGGUAAUGCUGGUCUGUUGUUCACUAGCUCUGGUCCAGGGUGUUACAGCGACCUGAACCAGAGCUUGGUAAUGCUGGUCUGUUGUUCACUAGCUCUGGUCCAGGGUGUUACAGCGACCUGGACCAGAGCAAGGUAAUGCUGGUCUGUUGUUCACUCGCUCUGGUCCAGGGUGUUACAGCGACCUGGACCAGAGCAAGGUAAUGCUGGUCUGUUGUUCACUAUCUCUGGUCCAGGGUGUUACAGCGACCUGGACCAGAGCAAGGUGAUGCUGGUCUGUUGUUCACUAGCUCUGGUCCAGGGUGUUACAGCAACCUGGACCAGAGCCAGGUAAUGCUGGUCUGUUGUUCACUAUCUCUGGUCCAGGGUGUUACAGCGACCUGGACCAGAGCAAGGUGAUGCUGGUCUGUUGUUCACUAGCUCUGGUCCAGGGUGUUACAGCGACCUGGACCAGAGCAAGGUGAUGCUGGUCUGUUGUUCACUAGCUCUGGUCCAGGGUGUUACAGCGACCUAGACCAGAGCAAGGUAAUGCUGGUCUGUUGUUCACUAGCUCUGGUCCAGGGUGUUACAGCGACCUGGACCAGAGCCAGGUAAUGCUGGUCUGUUGUUCACUAUCUCUGGUCCAGGGUGUUACAGCGACCUGGACCAGAGCAAGGUGAUG